AUGGUUUGAUAUGUAUUAGAGCUUAGAAUUGUCAAACCUGGCAACCUUCUUCUCUUUUUCGCUUACGGCCUGUUCUUGCGCAUGCUCACUUCAUAGUUCAGGAAGAAAGGAAAAUGUCUCUGACGAGCUAUUUACCGGCACCGACCCAGCUGUCUCAGGACCAGCUGGAAGCAGAAGAGCGGAUUCGGACCCAGAAAUCCUAUUCCACUGCGCUGGUUGCGUCCCGUAAAGAACCCCCUCCUUACGGACACAGAAAAGGCUGGGUUCCGCGUGCAUUUGAGGACUUCGGAGAUGGCGGGGCUUUUCCAGAGAUUCACGUGGCCCAGUUUCCUCUGGAGAUGGGCAGGAAGAAGAAGACCUCUAACGCCCUGGCAGUUCAAGUGGACGCAGAAGGGAAAAUCAAAUAUGAUGCCAUUGCCAGACAAGGACAGGCUAAGGAUAAGGUGAUUUACAGCAAGUACACUGAUCUGCUCCCAAAAGAAGUUCUUAAUGAAGACGCUUCAGGCCUUCAGAAGCCGGAUGAGGAGGCUGUAGAAGAGUUGACUGAGAAGACUCGGGCCGCUCUACAAAAGCAGGUGUCGCAAAAGAUUGCUGCAGCCAUGCCUGUCCGGGCCGCCGACAAACUCGCUCCUGCACAAUAUAUCAGGUACACGCCGUCCCAGCAAGGCGUGGCUUUUAACUCGGGGGCUAAACAGAGGGUGAUCCGGAUGGUGGAAAUGCAGAAAGACCCCAUGGAACCUCCUCGCUUUAAAAUCAACAAAAAGAUUCCUCGAGGGCCUCCGUCGCCCCCGGCACCCGUCAUGCACUCCCCCAGCAGAAAGAUGACAGUCAAGGAGCAGCAGGAGUGGAAGAUUCCUCCUUGCAUCUCCAACUGGAAAAACGCUAAGGGCUACACAAUCCCUUUGGACAAACGUCUAGCUGCAGACGGAAGGGGUCUGCAAACCGUUCACAUCAACGAAAACUUCGCCAAGCUGGCCGAGGCCCUUUACAUUGCUGAUAGAAAGGCUAGAGAGGCAGUGGAGAUGCGGGCCCAGGUGGAGAAGAAGAUUGCUCAAAAGGAAAAAGAAAAGAAGGAGGAGAAGCUGAGGGAUUUGGCUCAAAAGGCUCGAGAACAAAGGGCAGGAAUCAAAAAUCAACAUGACAAAGGUGACGAGGACGCCGAGGCCGGCGAGCGCGACAUGAUCCGCCAUGACAAAAGAAAAGAGAGGCAGCACAACAGGAACAUCUCCAGAGCUGCUCCGGAUAAGAGGUCAAAGCUGCAGCGAGAUCAAGACCGAGACAUCAGUGAGCUGAUCGCUCUGGGCAAACCCAACCCUCGGAUCUCUAACGAGGCUCAGUACGAUCAGCGGCUCUUCAACCAGAAUAAGGGUAUGGACAGCGGCUUCGCUGGCGGUGAAGACGAGACGUACAAUGUGUACGACCAGCCGUUCCACGGCGCCAGAGACAUGGCCUCCAACAUCUACAGGCCCAGCAAGAACAUCGAUAAAGAUACCUACGCUGAUGACUUUGACUCACUAAUGCGACACAACAGGUUUGCUCCAGACAAAGAGUUCUCUGGUGCCGAUCAUGGACAGAGGCGAGAAGGCCCGGUCCAGUUUGAGGAGGAUCCUUUCGGUCUGGACAAAUUCUUGGAGCAGGCGAAGCAGCACGGCGGCUCCAAAAGGCCGUCCACCAGCAACCGCUCCAAAGACGACUACCAUGACAAGAAACGCAGGAAGGAGUGAGAGCGCCAUUCACAGCACGGGAUGAAAUGUGUAAAGUUGUCUUUUUAAGGAAAAGAAAAAGAGGUUUUUGUUUUUUUUUUUGUAUGAGAGAAUUUAAAAGCUUCUGUAGAAUCGAUUCCAUUUUCCCCGCCACAGAUUUCCCAGUUUGAUCCGUAUGGUCACAAAAACUGCAGCAGAUGUGCAUCAGCUUGUUAAAAUCAGCUUCACAAAACGGCAAACUGCAGCAGCAGAAACCUUUAUUGUUACUGUUAAAUAGCUUGUUUUCCUCCCAUUUUGCUCUACUUUUUAUUAGCCGUUUUAUUUAAGCCCUUUGUGUUUUUGAGCAUAACAUACAUGGACCGUAUGGAGAUCAUAAACAAAUCCUAAUAAAUCCUGUACAUGGAACAGAC